AUGAGAAAACUCUUUUCUUUCGUCUUGGGAACAGCCAUCUUAGCUGUAGCGCGGGGAUGUUCUGCUGGGUUUGGUAACGACGACUAUGAAUGGAUAGAAGAUCCUGUGCUCAGUAUGGACAUCAGUCCACCUAUUGGAUGGACUUAUUUCCCUAUAAAGAGUAGCGACAAUUAUCCAGUAUGGUACUUUGUCGGGCAAUCUAAUGAUACUAUGUUAGCCAAGCAAAGGGCAAAUGCUGAGAUCAAAGCCGCGGUAUUCGAAGCACUAACAGCUGCGAAUAUGCCUCUGUAUGGCGUCGAAGUGACAAAUGACUUUGCUCCAAUUCAGGUAGAAAACCCCACGAACAACCUGAGAGGUGUAGGACCCCUUUACGGAAAAGUCGAAGCAGGCGCUUUGGCACAGACCGCUGUUGGUGGUGGAACCGGAGAUUUCGCAUUUGCACCGUAUACUAGGCCGUUAAAAGUAACCAUACGCAAUGCGGCUAACAAUCGAUACAAGUGGAACAUUGUGAAGAAUACUUUCAUGCAGAAGUUGUCAUUGAACUACGGAGCACGCUUCAGUGAAGAAGUCACCGUGGGCAAAACGUGA